AUGGCUUCAAUGGUUGCACCUCAGAUGGCUUUCCGAGCUUUGAAAGCUGCCCCCAAGGCUGCCCCUUGGGCAAAGCUCUCUGUUCAGCUGCCACGGGCCCAACCUGCUUUCCGCCGGUUCUUCGCCGCAGCUCCCCAGGAACAGCCGCGCCUGCGUCUCGGAUCGACUGCUCCCAACUUCAAGGCCCUAACCACCAAGGGCGAGAUUGACUUUCACGAGUUCAUCGGCGACAGCUGGACCAUCCUCUUCUCCCACCCCGCCGACUUUACUCCCGUCUGCACGACCGAGCUGGGUGCUUUUGCGAAGUUGAAGAAUGAGUUUGACAAGCGUGGUGUGAAGAUGAUUGGCUUGAGCGCCAACGACAUCGGCUCCCACGGCGAGUGGAUCAAGGAUAUCAACGAGAUCGCCUCGACUGACGUGCAGUUCCCCAUUAUCGCCGAUGCCGACCGCAAGGUUGCCUUCCUAUACGACAUGGUUGACCAACAGGACCUGGAUAACAUCGACCAGAAGGGCAUCGCCUUCACCAUCCGAUCUGUCUUUAUUAUCGACCCCAGCAAAAAGAUCCGCCUCACCAUGAUGUACCCCGCCUCAACUGGUCGCAACUCUUCCGAGGUCCUCCGAGUCAUCGACUCCCUUCAGACCGGUGACAAGAAGGGCGUGACUACCCCGAUCGACUGGCAGGUUGGCGACGACGUCAUCGUACCUCCCUCCGUUUCUACUGCGGACGCGAAGAAGAAGUUUGGCGAGGUUCGCGAGGUUAAGCCGUACCUGCGGUACACUAAGAUCUGA